GUGUUGUUGUGAUUCCUAUCUUAAGGCUUCCUUGACUUCAUUUUGAAAGCGCGCACAUUGUUUUCUGGCCGCUGAUCUGGAACUCAAAAGCGCAAAUCCCAACUCCCCCCGACAACAUCUGUUACAACAGACAGGUCACAUAUGGAGAUUCUCAAGAAGACGGCCGCUUUUCGUGUGCAGAAGCAAACGGAGGGGAAGACAGAUGAAGAGGUGACUAGUAUUUCGCUGAGCGGCGUGCCGGCGCUGCCGGAGCUGUGGUCUCGCUACGCACAACUCACUCACCUGCUGCUCGUGUGCAUGAAACCCAAGUUGGGCGGUCUCGACGCACUGGGCCUCGAUCACCUCCCCGCGCUACGCCUGUUGGAUGUGAGCGACAACGCUGUUUCAGUCUCCGCUGCGCUGCCCGCCGCCCUUUCCCUCGCGCGUCUGCUCAUGCCGAACAACCGGGUGGCCACCAUGACCGAAGUGGACUUCCUCGCCGCGAGUUUCCCCAACUUGGAGGUGUUGGACUUAGUCGACAACGACGUCGACACGCCGGCGCACUUCACGGCGGUGUUCGCGAAGUUUCCAAAGUUGGUCGCCCUCAACUCGCGCAUGCGGGACGGACGAGAGAUCGUCGUGGAGGACUCCGACGAGUCCGACAGCACAGAGGAGGAGGAAGAGAGUGAAGAGGAGGAGUCGGAGGAGGGCUCGGAGGACGAUGAAAAAGGAAGCGCAGAGGCGUCGGGCGAAGUCGACGUGUCAGAGCACGAAGACGGCGGUGAACCACCAGCGAAGAAGUCGCGGCAGGAGGACGGGCACGAGUACGGCGGCGCAACAUAG